GGCAGGCACCAGGAUGCGGUUGCCGUGGGAGACCGGUUGCUAUGGGCUCCCGGUUGCCCGGCAACCGCCUCCCGCUCGGCAGCCCUUUUGGGGAUUGGCCGUUUCCAACAACACUGGCGGCAACGAUGAUGCAAUGCCCGACGUUGUAACCCUGGCCUUGGGAAAAUGUAACUUUUUGCAAGGAUGUCGUCCGCGAGCGCCGACUCCGGCCGCUGGACUUGGAAGCCUCUAGUGAGAAGUGAUCUCUUGGCCCGUGGCUUCCACUCGUGCGAGGUCGUGCGAGGCAACCUCCUCGUCUUCGGGGGUCUGAAAAGCCCCACGGACCCCCCACUGGGAGACGUGGUGGCCUUCGACCCGGCGACCCAGACGGUGCGCAGCCUGGCCCCGGACGGAGGGGGCGGAUGCCGGCGCAGCCACCACCAGACUCUGGUCCUAUCUGACCGCUACCUGUGCGCAGUGGGGGGCUGGGACGGCGGGCGGCGUGUCUCGGAGGUGUGGGCCUUCGACGUGGAGCGGCUGCGCUGGGAGCCGUGGGCCGUGGGGCCACCCGCCGGGCAGACUCCCGUGGGGCUGAGCAGCCACACCUGCACCAAAGUCUCCGAGCACCAGGCCAAGGUGGUGGGCCGCGAGGGCGGGCUGCGCACGCAGAGGCGAUACGCCAGCAUCUUCACCUUGCACCUGGACGCCGCCAGGAAAUCCUACUGGUACGAAGAGGAGGAAUCCCGGACGGCUUCUCGGGCCGGCCACUCGGCCAUGUUGCUGCCCGAAGGGGGGCCGGCCGGCAAGAUCCGUGGCUACAAGCUGGUGGUCUUUGGCGGCCGCGACUCAGCCGACUGCGACAUCGCCGGGCGGUGGCCCAAGGGCCAGAUUCAGGUGGACUUGGCCUUGGCCCCCGGCCUGACGGAGCAGCUCUCUCGCUUGGUGGCCGCCGGAAAGGCCAGCGGUCAUCCUCCCAAGGGUCUGCGGCACCAGUCCUGCUCGGUGGUGGGGCCCUUUGCGGUCAUCUUCGGGGGGGAGACGCUGGGGAAAGGCCGGGACGCCGUCUGCAACGACCUCUACGUCCACGACGCCCGGUCGUCGCCCGGCCAGUGGUUCCACUUCCCUUCCUCCAACCGGGCUUUGAAGCGGAUCGGUCACCGGACGUGUGUCUUGAAUGACAAAUUAUACCUGGUGGGGGGUUUCGGGCCCGACGGGAAGACGCCUUGCCCCGAGAUCAGCACCUUGGAGAUCUCCCCGUGAGGCCCAGCACCAGGCCGUCCCCUCCUCCUCCGCUCUCCGGGUUUUCCAGCUGAACAAAUAAAAGCUCUAUCUUCCCAAAGGA